UGGGAAGCUGAGGCCUUUGAAGACCCCGGAACCCCUCGUUGCAGGAGUGGGUGAGGGGUGUAUGAUGCUUAGGUGCGCGGAGAGGGAAGGACACUAAAGAGUUGGUCAGCAGACGGUUCUACCAGACCAGAGACCCGAACUCCCGGAGCGCGAGUUGGGGAGCGCGACGGAAAGCGCCAAGCGGUUUCUGUGGGCGGCCGUCGGGUUUCCUCUCACAGGAAGUUGGGCCCCGUCGCCGGCGUCGCCACGGCAGCUGUGCCGGGGAGUAGACUUGGAGGAAUGAGAAAACGGUGACGAUCCCCGUCCUCCCAGGCCACUGUCCCACCCGGGAGCUGAAUGUAGCGGCCCGGGAGCCGCUUGCCAACCCGCCCGGGUGGUAACCGCUGCACUUCCUCCGGGAACCCGAAGAGCAGCAAGAUCCCGGCUCGAGCGGGAGCGAUCAGAGAAGCGGGAGACGGGGACUUCUCAUCUACUUUUCUCCAGCAAUGGGAAAUCCAGAAAACAUUGAAGAGACAUAUGUUGCUGUUAUUCGUCCAAAGAAUGCUGCCAGUCUCAAUUCUCGUGAAUACAGAGCUAAGUCAUAUGAAAUUCUGUUGCAUGAAGUUCCCAUUGAAGGACAGAAAAAAAAAAGAAAGAAAAUUUUGCUGGAAACUAAACUUCAAGGCAGCAGUGAAAUAACACAAAGCAUAUUGGAUUAUGUAGUUGAAACCACCAAACCAAUUUCUCCUGCAAACCAGGGUAUCCGAGGAAAACGAGUGGUACUAAUGAGGACAUUUCCUCUGGAUGGAGAGAAGACGGGCAGAGAAGCAGCAUUAUUUAUUGUUCCAUCAGUUGUCAAAGAUAAUACUAAAUAUACAUAUACUCCAGGAUGCCCAAUUUUUUACUGCUUACAAGAUAUUAUGCGAGUUUGUAGCGAAUCCAGCACUCACUUUGCUACACUUACAGCAAGGAUGUUAAUAGCCUUGGAUAAGUGGUUAGAUGAGCGUCAUGCACAAUCUCACUUUAUUCCAGCUUUAUUUCGACCUUCUCCUCUUGAGCGGAUAAAAACUAAUGUCAUAAACCCUGCAUAUGCUACUGAAUCAAGUCAGACUGAAAACUCACUACAUAUGGGCUACAGUGCACUAGAAAUAAAGAGUAAAAUGUUAGCCCUAGAGAAAGCAGAUACCUGUAUUUACAACCCUUUGUUUGGAUCAGAUCUUCAGUAUACAAACCGGGUAGAUAAAGUGGUAAUAAAUCCAUACUUCGGUCUAGGAGCUCCAGACUACUCAAAAAUUCAAAUUCCCAAACAGGAAAAAUGGCAGAGAAGCAUGAGCAGUGUCACGGAAGACAAGGAACGACAGUGGGUAGAUGAUUUUCCUCUACAUCGAAGUGCCUGUGAAGGAGAUUCAGAAUUACUAAGCCGUCUUCUUGAUGAAAAAUUUUCAGUCAAUCAACUAGAUAGUGACCACUGGGCACCCAUUCAUUAUGCAUGCUGGUAUGGCAAAGUUGAGGCUACUCGCAUCUUGUUAGAGAAAGGAAAGUGCAGUCCAAACCUUUUGAAUGGACAGCUUAGUUCUCCUCUUCAUUUUGCUGCUGGAGGAGGACAUGCUGAAAUAGUGCAGAUUCUUCUCAAUCAUCCCGAAGUUGACAGACACAUUACAGAUCAACAAGGAAGAUCCCCAUUAAAUAUUUGUGAAGAAAACAAACAAAAUAACUGGGAAGAAACGGCAAAAUUGUUGAAGGAAGCCAUUAAUAAACCUUAUGAAAAAGUUCGGAUAUACAGAAUGGAUGGAUCUUACCGAUCUGUUGAGCUGAAACAUGGAAAUAAUACAACAGUGCAACAGAUUAUGGAAGGAAUGCGUCUUUCUCAAGAGACACAACAAUAUUUCACUAUUUGGAUCUGUUCAGAAAACCUCAGCCUUCAACUCAAGCCGUAUCAUAAGCCCUUACAACAUGUUCGUGACUGGCCAGAAAUACUUGCUGAAUUGACUAAUUUGGAUCCCCAAAGGGAGACACCACAGCUUUUCCUAAGAAGAGAUGUGAGACUUCCUUUAGAAGUUGAAAAAAAGAUUGAAGACCCACUGGCUAUUCUUAUUCUCUUUGAUGAAGCCAGAUAUAAUUUGUUGAAGGGCUUUUAUACAGCGCCUGAUGCUAAGGUGAUAACAUUGGCAAGUCUACUGUUACAAAUAGUUUAUGGAAAUUAUGAGAGUAAGAAACACAAGCAAGGUUUCUUAAAUGAAGAAAAUCUAAAAUCCAUUGUACCUAUCACUAAAUUGAAAAGUAAGGCACCUCACUGGACAAACCGAAUACUUCAUGAGUAUAAGAAUCUUAGUACCAGUGAGGGUGUCAGUAAAGAAAUGCAUCAUCUUCAGCGCAUGUUCUUACAGAAUUGCUGGGAAAUCCCUACUUAUGGAGCAGCUUUUUUCACAGGGCAGAUAUUUACAAAGGCCAGCCCCAGCAAUCAUAAAGUCAUUCCCGUGUACGUGGGUGUGAAUAUAAAAGGACUUCAUCUUCUCAACAUGGAAACAAAGGCCUUACUCAUCAGUCUCAAGUAUGGUUGUUUUACAUCUCAAUUGGGAGAUGCUGAUACAUGUUUUCAGAUCCAUAGUAUGGAAAAUAAGAUGAGCUUUAUAGUACAUACAAAACAGGCUGGACUCGUGGUGAAACUGUUAAUGAAGCUAAAUGGACAAUUAAUGCCCACUGAAAGAAAUCUAUAAAAGGAAAGCAGCUGGUAGCUGAGCCACCACAUUUUGAGAAGCAGAUUUUUUUUCCAUGAAAGAUUUCUUAAUAUAUUAUUGCCUUUAACAAGACAUUUAGUCUCUUAUAAUAUAUGUAUACUAUUACAUUGUACAGAAUCUGUACUUAUAUUUGGUGUGUAAUAUACCAAUUUUAUAUAAUACCCUUAUAAGCUAUUCUAACUUUUGAGAGAAAUACAUAAAAACAUAGAUAUAGGCUAUAUAAUAUUAGAAAAAAUAAUGAGCUUUAUGGAAAACUAUUUUCAAUAAAUGGUAAAAAAAAUUGGAGAGGAAUAUGAUGAAAUUAAGAUAAAGCUUUUGGUAUAACUAUUUUAAAUAUGCUGAAAGUCAACAUAAUAUGAAUUAAAAAGUACAUUUUCUACAUUA